AUGAUGAUACAUAUGGCAAUGAGGUCAGGUCAACUGGCGUCCUGUCACAAUUUUUUCAUGCCGCCCGUUGCUAGCCGAAGCCUUCUAGUCCUCACCUAGGCCUACCCAGCCACAAAACUUCGAUUCUCAACUCGUUUUCGAGCGGAGACCAUGUCCUAGUAAGUUGCAAAGCUCUUUCAACUGGUUAUCCGAAUUAGGAGUGUGCGUUUUCAAUAAUGAUAGACUAUCAUUGAUAGCCUUUCGAAUUAAUUAAAACUAAUUUGACCAUUAAAUAUGCUUCAAAAAGGUUUUUUUUUCGCAGUCUGAAAAGUUUAUAUAUUCAUUUUGAUUGCGGAAUUUCAGUCCCAGAAGUGUACGGUAGGCCGGCUACAAACCCGGAAAAAACCGAACUUCUGUCAUGCGCGACAGACGAAGAGUGCCAGCUGCCGUCUAGAUAUUGCUUCAUAGGAGAACAACCCUUUUAUUCCGACACCAAGCGUCCGGGGAUUUGUGUGGAAGGUAGCGCAGUUCUUUUAAGCUCAUUUGAUAGACAUUUUCAGCGCAAAACUUCAAAAUUUGCAAAAAUAGCCUUCAAUGCGACGCCGAUGAGUUUUGCGAUAAAUCAACGAAGAAAACAAAGUUUGGAGAUGCGACGAUCAAAAUCUGCUUCAAAGGUUUUUUUUUUCCAAUCACCGUAGAUGAUAUUUUUAGAAUUGACGAAAUUGCCCUCCUUGACUAACGAAAAUCGAACCAAUUUGUAUAACCCUAUACGAACCGAAUUGAAAGACCUCUAUAGGGACCAUUUAAGUGGAGAGGCUUAGGGGUCAACCCUUAAUCCCUAUAGGGACCGGUCGACUUUAACCUCUGCAGGGGCACUUUUUUGUUUCUUAGAGAGGCUUUUUUUCUCUCCAACCCCCAUAUGGACAACUCAGGCGUUCCUAAGAAGCUCUGCAUUUUCUUGAAUAGAAAAACCCAAAUUUUGCGUUCAAGAAGAAGAACCGUCAUUAAUUUAAAAAAUAUGCAAUUCACUCGAUUAUUUUUUUUCUAGUUUAAGGCAGUUGGUGAAGAAAUAUAGUCCGUUUUUCGCGACUUGGGAGGGCGUGACUUCUCUGCGCCCUCCUUAUCUUUCGACGUCUCUCUCAAAUUUACGUGCUAUCUCCAUUUUUCCCUGACCUCGCCAGUGAUAGAACAGAGAGACGCAGACACUCGAAAACUGUCGAGUCGCGGGGGACGGACUAUAAUGUUUUCUCGAACAAUUUUUUUGAACUGCAGGCUUUCUUAAAAGUCUUUUAAGGGGUGGACUCUGUCAUUCGGCUUUUUCAGAAGGAGAACUUGUGAAAAUUGAUAAGUUUAAGUUCCAUCGGUGCCCGGAACAGUUCAUCGUGAUCCGAAAACCUCGGACGUGAUGUUCUGCGACACAACUUGCGUCCCAAUCGACGCCGUCUGCAGGCCUCUCAACAAGGUCCUCAAUCAAUACAAAGGGAUUUGCAUCCAAGGUUUGAAUAUGGAAAAUUUCGAAGAUUUAUUGUUUGUGGAGAGAUUUCAAAGCUUUACUCGGGUAUAUGUCAAAAGAGCUGUGAAAAUCGAGCUGAGAAAAAUGAGCUGAUGAAAAAACAGCCAGCGAUAAAACUGCCAGCGAAAAGCGAGCUGCGAAAAUUUUGCCCACCGUUGGCAAAAUAGUUGACUACAUAUUGCGCUCCACCGAUAACGCGCCGAUGACAGAUUUUGAAUUUUCGGAAUUUUUUUUUCAUUAUUUUUGUUAUUUCUUAUUUGUUUUCAUCCAUUUUUCUUUUUUUCACUUUUGUUGUGAUUUCGUGCAGAAAAGUUUUAUUUAAUUUCCGCUUCGAAUGAAAUCGGGCGAAGUCAGUCUAUAAGAGUCUGAAAAAAACGUUUUUCAAUAAUUAAAAAAAAAUUUUCAGGACGCUUAAAAAGCAGACGCCGCUAUUUAGUAACCAGGGACAUUGCCUCAACUACAGUAUACCUGUUCGGUUGAGCACUUUUUGCCUCAUAUUCCAUAUUUUUUUACAGACCAUUGUUUUUUUAAUCGUUUUUUUCCUUUUUCCAUAUAUUUGAACGGUUCACUGAUGGCGUUUGCAAUAAUCGCCAUUUUUCAGUAAAAAGUCAGAAAAAAAGAAGCUGUUCUCGGAUAUCUUCCGGCAAACUUAUAUUCACACUUCAAUCACGUUCAAAAAAAGUUUUUAUUAUUAGUUGGUAAUGGUUAUGGUUGAAUUUGAGUGGGUUCAUAUAGUCUUUUCAGAUUUGGAGUGUAAAGUCAUCGCUUAAACUCCACACCUUAUGCGUAUAUCAAACCAAUCAGAGAGAGAAAGAGAGAGUCAUCCAUAGAGAGCUUUUAGGGACGGAGUUUGUUACUUUACUUUGGAAAUCUAAACAGACUAUAGGAUGCAAAUAAUGGGCUUUUACUAAUCAAAUUUGGAUUUGAAGUUUAGCUCUAAAUUUCUCGAUAAAUCUUACAAUAUUGCAUAAAAAAAACAUAAAUACUAUGAUUCGGAUAUAAAAUUAAUCGCUGUCGCUCGAAAUUGAUUGAUUGAAUUCGAAGAUGCCAUUUGAGCAAAGACACUUCCUUCUAGGCAGUUGUUCUGUACACAGCAAAUGGGCCCAAAGUGCGCAGAACGUACACUUAAGCCAUUCGAUCAUUUCAGUGUUACUUUCUCCGCAAUCCUUCUGACCAUGGUGAGAUAAACUUUUUAGGUUCAGGAAUUUUUUUCGAAAUAAAAACAUUGAAACAAAUAGCGCAGUGCGAGAUCGCCGAAUUUUUUUCACAAAAAAAGGUUUCUUCGCGUGUUUCGGAGCUCUUCGACGGAUUACUUCCGACCUUUGUGAAAAAAAAUUUUUUUAUAUUGGAUUUUUUUAAAUUUUUUUACCUUGAGCAGAUCAAUCGGAAGGUCUCGUGGAGCGCUACCACCACGAAUAAGUAGUUUUUUUCUCGACGAACAAGUAUUUCUUGGAAAUCAGUUGAAGGCGGGAGAGAAACAGAAGAAAGAAAAACGUUGUUUCGUGUCAACCAACUCCGAAUGUAGUGUUGCGAGAGUUUUUUUGUGAUGUUCGGCUCUUCUCUCUUCGCAACUCUCAUUAUGAUGUUUCUGAAUUAGCGUAAGGAUGCCUCAUUGAACUUUCCUAACCUGUCUUACAAGAUUCAAUUUUUUUGACUUGUCUUUCAUUUUUUUAUAGCCUCCAGCUUUUUGUACAUUAUGUGCUGAUACAAGAUGCCGCACAAAGUUAUCUUCUCUUUGCUCUUUUUUUGGCAUUGCUCGACAGGACACCGCAAUUUUUACACGCAUUCUUCUGGAGUAAAGUCGUUGUUUAAGCGAUGACUUGACACUCCAAAUCUGAACAGACUAUAUGAACCCACUCAAAUUCAACCAUUACUAACUAAUAAUAAAACUGUUUUUGAACGUGGUUGAAGGGUGAAUAUAAGUUUGCCGGAAGAUAUCCGAGAACAGCUUCUUUUUUCUGACUUUUACUGAAAAUGGCGAUUAUUGCAAACGCCAUCAGUGAACCGUUCAAAUAUAUGGGAAAGGAAAAAAAAACGAUUAAAAACAAUGGUCUGUAAAAAAUAUGGAAUAUGAGGCAAAAGUGCUCAACCGAACAGGUAUACUGUAGUUGAGGCAAUGUCCCUGGUUACUAAAUAGCGGCGUCUCUUAAAAGCAAUCAGGGUGGAUUGAUUUCUUGCGAUGAGGAGAAGUUCGAGUAUUGGUUCCGCAACUUCACGAAAGACAAUUUUCAUCGGAAAACCCUGUCAUGCUCACAUUUUGUUCUUUUUUAGGUUUUUUUAAUAAACUGAUGUUUUGUUAUGUUCAUUAUUUUCAAUACGCAACGGGCAAAUAAAAUUUUAAAUAGUUCCUCUAACGCAAAAUCCGGGAAAAAUUAUGUAGAUAAUUUUUUUACUAUCCCUUUUAAUCACUUCUGCAUGUUUGUCCUUUUUUUCUGACAUUUCAGUAAUUGCUUUCAAAUAUUCAACGAUGUAGUUUGAAAUCAUUCAACAUAAAACAAGAAAAAACUAUAUUUUAAGAUAAUAAUGAGCGGAAAUGGACGAAAUUCGGUUACUGUUCUCGAUGGAGCGCAGAGUCGCGCGAUUAACCUGCCAACGGCGGGCGAAAUUUUCGCAGCUCGUUUCUCUCAGCUGAUUUUUCUCUGGCAAUUUCUUCGGCAGCCCAUUUUUCGCUGGCAGUUUUAUCUCAAACAGCGAGGAGGCUCGAUUUUCGCAGCUCUUUUGACAUAUACCCCUUUACUCAUCGAAUAUAUAGUUAUCUUGAGAGGCGAGAUGGUUAGAGUAACAAGGAUUAAGUUUUGCAUACGCCACGCUGGUGGAAAACCACCGACGAAUCGGGAGGGUACAAUAAUGUGUCCACAAAUAUACCUUUCAAAAUAUCAUAAUAUGUCCAUCGUGAGACUCCCGGCAUACAUUUUAGCUAUAUCUUAGCCAUCUCGGAAGUCCUUGAAAGUAUAUCUCAAGUCUAUCUCAUUUUGCACGAACUUCUUGGAGGUAUACUCGUGAUACCAUCCAUAGACGGCGUUCUUUUGACAACGCAUCGCCCAUAAUUUCCGUAAAAUUUGACGUCUGUGAUGUAUACACACAGCGACGCUAACUCAAUGAAUUCGAAAUUAAUUGGUUUUCAGUUCGCUGAUAAUUUCUCUCUAUUUUGUAGAGCAAACGUACGAAAAUAGCUGUAUUUACGGUAAUGCCGUGUUCAUUUUGAAUCCGCGAAAUGCAAAAUACCCGUUAGAGAAAGGAAAAAAUCACAAGAUUUUGGAGAGUCAAAGAUCAUUUUGCAUUUCGCGGAAUCAAAUUGAACACGGCAUAACUUUUUUUCAGCUCGUUUUUCAAUUUUGACCGUUCUGCUCUGAAUGCACUGUAGGAAUAAGAUUGAUAGCAAGAAAAAAUUUACUUUUGCCACCUAAAAAUGUUGAAAAACUGAUUCCAACUUACUAAAAAGUCCCCGAAGAAAAGUGAAUCUUUUUCAGCUACUCUCGACACCAACAACAACAAUUUUAACGUUUAUACCCUGGAAAACGGAGAAGAGUGCAAUGUGAACGAAGAUUGCGAUACUUCGUCGUUCUUCACAAGAAAGACGGAGGAAGAGAAGAUGAGUUUCACGUGAGGACAUUUGUUUUCUUUUUUCAAAUUUUUUUUCAGAAGGUCAUGCGUCGAUGUAAAAAAUUACAAACUAUGCAUACAUCGUAAGUUUUGGCUUCAUUUAAUAGUGAAAACUUUAACCAAUUUUUGAUUUUUCGACCUGUUUUCAAUGAAAAAUAUUUCAGUGAGUCUUGAUGACCGUUUAUGCAACUCGGAGGAAAAAGCAGUCCGAAGCGACGACGGCACGUCGCAAAAGUGCAUUUCAAAGAGCCGGGAUAAUAAUUUGCCUGAGUCUACAACACAAAAGACAGAGUCGACGACAAAAAAGACAGAGCCGACGACACAAAAGACUGAGCCGACGACAUCAAUGGUGGAAGACGAUUUUACUACAAGCUUCUAUCUAACCGAAUCGCCACAAACUACAGAAGAAUCUGCAGCUAUAUCUGAAGUUAAUAGCAAUCUACGAGUUUGACUGUAUUUCUGCGAUUCAGGCGUCUAAGAGGAAGGAGGAGGAGGAAAGCCACUCGGGCUUGUUCUUCAUUCUCGCUAGCGUCGCCGCGGUUCUGAUCCUCGUCGCGAUCGGCGGCGUCGCCACUUUCAUACUUUUUAAGAAGAAAAAGGCGAGAAAGAAUGAGAAGCGGGACAGGAAGGCGAAAAAGGAGGAUAAGAAAAAAGGGCGAGCCUCGAGCACCACCACCGCCACCGGUCAACGCACUUCGGUUCGUUCCUCUCUCGUGGUCUUUUGAAAAAAUGGUUCAACUACAGGGUGCGUCGAAUUCGGUCUCCAACGCCGUAUGA